GAAAAAAAAGACAAGCACACGUUUUCUAACAUUGUUAGAUAACUAAAUAUUCUUGCAGUUAAUUAUUAUUAAUUUAAAUGAAAUAAUUGGCAUUUUUUAAAUAAUUAAACAAAAAUAUAAUAGUUCACAAGUGUAGCUAUUUACUUUGAUCUAAAAAUAUCUAAAAACUGUCCAACAAUAUCAAUAGAAACAUGGAAAAAUCAUUAAAAUUAAUAAUAGCCUUUUUUUCGGUGGUACUAGUAUUAUUUGUUGGUUUUUUUUUAUUUAAACAUCAAUCCAAUGCAUCAAAUUCUUCAGGCUGGGAUUAUCAACAUCCUGAUAUGUGGAAAGACAUGUUUCCAAAGGACUGUGCUGGUUCCAAACAAUCACCAAUCGACAUAACAUUUGGAGAUGAUAUGGUCACAAAACAAACUAUGGAAUUCAUUUGGAAUAAUUAUCAAAAUCCUCCAGAAAACAUGACACUAACAAAUAAUGGUCAUUCAGUUCAAUUAGAUGUCCAAUGGAAGAUGAAUCAUUGGAUUCCAUACCUAAGUGUUGAGGAAGAUAGUCCUGAAUAUGUAUUUUCUAAUUUACAUUUUCAUUGGGGAGCUCAUAACACUGAAGGAAGUGAACACACAAUAAAUGGACAUGGAUUACCCCUGGAAGUACAUAUGGUACAUUUUAAACGUGAAUAUAAAACAAUUGUAAAUGCAUCAAAUUAUCAAGAUGGUAUUAUGGUUAUUGCCUCUUUUUAUAAUGUUACAAGUAAAAAUUCAACUGCUAUUCAAGAUAUAAUAAAUGCAGCUGAAAAAGUUCGUGAUGAAGGCAGCUCUGCACAUAUUGAUAAUUUUCUAUUAUCAGAUUUUGAAGUUCUUCGAGAUACACCAAGUUGGGUAUCUUACAAUGGAUCAUUGACAACACCACGAUGUCUUGAAGUUGUCACAUGGUUUUUAGCAUUGAAACCUUACGACAUGACUGAAGACCAGAUUAAAAAAAUAAGGUCGUUAAAAUUAUCUCAUGGUGAUGAUCAUGAUAACCGACCAACUCAACCAUUGAAUGGACGUAAAAUAUUCUAUUAUGAAUUCCGUUAAACGAGUGUA